AUGAUCCGUCCCUGCCUGCAACGAGCUCGCCUCCCGCGCUUGAGAAGAGGGCUGGCAUCACCACCCACGAAGCCCAGCUCAAACAUCCCGUCCUUCGCCGUAUUCGACCGUGCUGUAAAACACCUGCAGCGGGACCGUGCAGCGGCUGAUCCUGCCGCGUCGAGGAACUAUGAUUAUUUGAAGGAUGAGGUUGCGGACCGGUUGGUUGAGCGGUUACUCUUCGUCAACCGCAAAUUCGAUACGGUUAUGGAUCUGGGUUCAGGCGCCGGACACGUCGCGAAAUCGCUGUGUCGACCCAGAGAAGAAGACAAUGGCGUCGCACCCGCCUCGCGUAUCAAGGACUACAUCGCCAUGGACGGAUCCCCUCUCCUCCUUCACCGUGACGCAAAUCUCGAACCAACGCCCUACCCAGGCCUCAACAUCACCCGAAAAGUGGCGGACGAAGAACGUCUCCUCGAAGCUGUAGAAGAGAAUAGCUUGGACGCAGUCAUCUCAAACCUCGCCCUCCACUGGGUCAACGACCUACCCGGAACCCUAAUCCAAGUCCGCCGCGCCCUAAAAGAAGAUGGUCUUUUUUUGGCCUCCAUGUUCGCCGGCGACACCCUCUUCGAACUCCGUACCUCCCUCCAACUCGCCGAACAAGAACGUCUCGGCGGGAUCUCAACCCGCAUCUCCCCCUUCACCGACGUAAAAGACAUGGGAAACCUCCUCACCCGCGCCGGGCUAACACUAACCACAAUCGACGUGGAGGAUAUCGUCGUCUCCUAUCGAUCCGUGCCACAUCUCAUGUCUGAGUUGCGCGGGAUGGGGGAGUCGAAUGCGGCGUUGCAGAGGCUUACGGGGGGGAUUGGUAGGGAUGUUGUGAUGAGUGCGGAUAGUAUUUAUCGGGGGUUGCAUGGGGAGACGGAGGAUGGGGGGAUUGAGGCAACGUUUAGUGUGUUGUGGAUGAUUGGGUGGAGGCCGGGGAGUGGACAGACGAAGCCGAAGGAGAGGGGGAGUGCGACGGUUAAGAUGGAGGAUGUGUUGAGGGAUCUGGGGGGGAAGAAGAAGUAA